CUCGAUUUCCGGAGUCACGACAUGCCCCUCAUCCUCGUUGUCAUUUUUCGAGCCGUUGAUUUCUUGUCCAAAACAAUCACAUAUACAACCGAAUUUCUUUCCUGCCCCAUUUUACAGACACGGGUCUGGAUUCCUUCCACCCUCACGUUCUUCGGGAUGUUACUCGAGGAGUUUGAAUCCCCCGAGCUGAUCGAAACCCUCGUGCUGGGCUUCCCGAACCCCGAGGCCAAGGUGUGGAGGGCAUCCGUCGCGUCCGCGUCCGCGUUCUCGGCCCCAGGUGAGGGAAGCACCAAAAAAACGAAGUGGCUAUUGCCGCUUCUGUACCUCUCCCGGUCGACAUAAAUGCGCUCCCCGGCCUGCCCGCGGCCUCGAUGAUGUCCUUCGUGACGCACGCCACGGUCCCUGCUUGAGUUCAGGUGGGACUCGACGUUGGCACCGGCGUCCUCCUUGAGGGUGACAAUGUACUUGCCGGGGACGGCGGCGGGCUCGUCGCGGCGGUCGAGGACGCGAAGCAGAAGAGCGUCGUGAACGUGGCCUCCAAGAUCUGGCGCCACCUUGCUCUGUACGAGCCCGGCAACUACGAGGUCUCGUCAGGCGUGGAAGCCUUACCUCAUCCUUGAGGCGUUCGCCGCUGGGCGACAUGCAUUCGGCUGUGUCCUUGCAGGACCUGGCCGCAGUAGCUCGAAAUCAAUUAUAGGACCGAGCCAGGGGGGACUUAAUGUGUCGUGUAUAAACAAUAUGAAUGAAACUGGAGCUUUCCGAGUUAAUCAUAGUACUUGGAGCAUUAGGUGUACUGAGGGACCACGGAUAUGUACGUAGAAAACGUCCUACCUGGUUUGCGGCGCGUUUUUUGAAAG